UCAUUGUGCGUCUGUCCCUCCAGUCGCCUCAGCAUGUGAAGAAAACAUGGGGAUACAGUCCGACACUUGACUACUAUCUAUUUAAAUUCACAUUACACUAAGUGUAACGAGUGAAAGUGUGACAUUAACCCGCAUUAAGACUCUGCAAGUCUGUAGCUAAAAGUGAGUUAGCCUAAAGUGAGGUUAGCUAGCUUUACUCGCGGUGUUGUACUAGUUUUCGGUUGUUUAACUAGCGUUUAGCCCGCUAACAGCAGCAUGGAUAACACGCAGGAGAGUCAGAUUGAGCUCCACGGAGAUGAGGAAAUCAUCGAAGUCAUCGACCUAAACGACACGGGGCCUUGUCCUGAUGACUUGGCUGACGACUUGGGAGAUGUCGACUUUGAAGACGCUGGAAACGCAGAUAAUGACGAAGGUUGGGAGACUGAGGACGAGAUGGAAGCUGAGGCAGACCAGGACGACAGCGAGCUCACCUUCUCCAAACACAAUGGCUCAGUGUUCUGCGUGAGUUUGGAUCCUGCGACAAACAGCAUGGCUGUAACAGGAGGAGAGGACGAUAAGGCAUUCGUAUGGAGGGUGAGCGAUGGAGAAGUUCUGUUAGAGUGUACAGGCCACAAAGAUUCUGUGACGUGCGCCGUGUUCAGCCACGACUCAUCCAUGGUGGCUUCGGGUGACAUGAGCGGCAUGAUUAAAGUGUGGAAAAUAGAAACCAAAGAGGAGAUCUGGUCCUUUGAAGUGGGGGACCUGGAGUGGUUGGAGUGGCAUCCCUGCGCGCCGGUGCUGCUGGCAGGAACAGACGACGGCAAUGUGUGGAUGUGGAAGAUCCCUGCAGGAGACUGUAAAACCUUCCAGAGUUCUGCGUGCCAGGCCACCAGCGGCAAAGUCCUGCCUGAUGGGAGGCGGGCUGUGGUGGGUUACGAGGAUGGGACAGUGCGUGUGUGGGAUUUAAAGCAGGGAAAUGCUGUCCACGUCAUUAAAGGUCAGGAAGGACACAAGGGGGCGCUGACCUGCCUGGCGUGCAACAAGGACGGCUCCCUGGUGUUGACAGGUUCAGUGGACGGUUCUGCCAAGCUCAUCAACACCACCACAGGCAAGGUGGUCGGGGAGUACUCUGUGGAGGGAGGCAAAGCCAAAGGGUCAAGAGACGAGGAAGAAUCCAACUCUGUUGAAUCUGUGGGAUUCUGCAACGUCUUGCCUCUCGUAGCAGUGGCGUACCUGGAUGGGACUCUGGCCAUAUAUGACCUGUCAACACAUGUCCUGAGGCACAGGUGCCAACAUGAGGCUGGCAUCGUUCACCUGCAGUGGGAAGAGUCUUCUUCUGUGGUGUCCACUUGCUGCUUAGACGGAGCGCUGCGCCUAUGGGACGCUCGCUCGGGCAACAUGGUGUCCGAGUAUCGUGGCCACGUCGCAGAGGUCCUUGACUUCACCAUCAACAGGGAAGCGACUCUCGCUGUAACUGCUUCAGGAGACCACCAGGCCAAAGUCUUCUGUCUCCAAAGACCUGAUCGGUAAAGAGAGCACAAGGAAAGGAGAUGGGAAGAAGAGCGGAGGAAAUAUUUCAAGAGAAAUAGCAGAGACAUUUCAUGAUCAGACUAUUUUUGCUCUCUGACAUCGGAGAACAUGUUUCCCAGCUCCUCAGGAUUUUAAAAGGUGUGGUGUCACCAUCUUACCUGACCUGCUUUAGAAGGAUUGUAGCAUCCAAAAGAUAAUAAUUUCAGUUUUCAUCAGGACUUCAGUUGCGAUAAUUCAAACACACCUAAAGUAGUCUUGAUCUUGUCAACACGGGAGUUUCAUUUUGUUUAUAACAAGCUGUUCCUUGUUACUUUGUUAAGUAUGCUCUUGUUGAAGAAUCUGAGAGACUAAACAGGAAAAUAGUCAGAGUGAUACAUUACAGUGUGCUUUGCCUUUGACAUCCCUUUUUAAUGUUCUGUCCAAAAUGUUUUUCAAGAUAAAACAAGACAGAAAAGAGGAAUUCUCUUUGAUGUCACCAUGAUUUCUUCCAUAAUUGGAUUUAUUUUUGGUCUAAUGUCAGGACUGAAUUUCUUAAAGUCCUACUUAACCCCUCCAUGGUGUGUGUGGUCUUCCAGACGCAGGAAUUAUCUCGCCAAGUUUUUGAUGUAAACUCAAGUGUAAAUACAAAAUAAUAAAUAAUAUACUUUGUUCUGGGUAA